GAAAGUAAAGAAGUGAGAACAACUGAACAAGAAUCGAGAAUCAAGAUCCCUCAAUCCCCGGCGAAGGCCGGAUUCGAUCCCAAGUUUCUCAUAUGAAACUAGCUGGCAACUUUCGAGCUGGACCCAUCACCCACUUAUGGCUCAUGAUAGGAAGUUAGGAACGUGUGCAAAUGUGAACUCGACUUAAAAGGGCUGUUCAAUCGUUCCCAUCCAUCCCUCCAUUCUCUCAAUUCUUCCCAGAGACUUUCCUGCUUCUCUAGAUUCGUUGCAGUACGCUUUCCUUCCUUCCUUGUUCAGAGUCGUUGAAGAGAACAGAGUUUCUUUCUUUUCUCAGUAACUUUAGUUUUUUCGUCGAUGUUUGAUUCUUGGGGUAAUUUGAGUUCAGUUCAGCUCAGCUCAGCUCAGAAUUGUUCGGGUCAGUGUCAGGGGUGGGCGAAGGAUUCCCAGUUCACGGGGGAGGGGGUGGGGUGGUCGUAAAUACAUUGGGGAAACUAAUAACACAAUUCUGGGGUGGACUGAACUCUAAAAAGGCCUUGAUUGUUUUUUCUCCAACCAGAUAUGUUCUUACAUGUGAAUUUCCAUGUUUCUUCUCAGGUUUUGGGCAUAUAACAAAAGGGAAACUUCUUUCUUUUUUUUAUUCUCUUGUCAAGGGUCAAGACUUCCAACACCAAAGGGUUCAUGUCUGAUCUUGACGUCCAGAUUCCUACUGCUUUCGAUCCUUUUGCUGAGGCAAAUGCUGAGGACUCCGGUGCUGGAUCAAAGGAGUAUGUGCAUGUGCGCAUACAGCAACGGAAUGGUAGGAAGAGCCUGACGACCGUGCAGGGGUUGACGAAGGAGUUCAGUUAUACAAAAAUCUUGAAGGAUCUAAAGGAGUUAUGUUGCAAUGGUACUGUUGUCCAGGACCCCGAGCUGGGCCAGGUUGUUCAGCUACAGGGCGAUCAGCGGAAGAAUGUGUCCACUUUCCUUGUUCAGGCUGGCAUUGUGAAGAAGGAACACAUUAAAAUUCAUGGUUUUUGAGGUAAUCUCAUAUUGUAUUUGCACGUGGAACAAGAAUAAUUGAUAAGACUCUGGAUUUCCAGAUAUGGUUUAUUGGAUGAAUGUGGAGAUCUCGGUUUGUUUAUCUAUUUUCAUGUUUGGUGUCAAUGUAAGAGGGUCUAUUUUGAUGGUUUGUUUUCUGGUGGAGAUGGAUGAAGUCAAACUUUUGUUAAGAAGCGUGGUUGUGAUAGCCUCCUUUCUUGAUUUCAUUAUUUUCUUUC